AUGACGAAAACAAAAAGAAAAUAUGACUUCUCUUAUUUUGCGAAAAACCCUGAACCAAAGUAUUUAUUAUUUGAUUUCGAAAUAUUUAUUAGCUACAUUCCAGGAUGGGACUGUCAUGGACUGCCAAUUGAAUUGAAGACACUGUCAGAGCUCAAAGUUCGUGCAGACGGUACUGUUUUGUCUCCUAUGGAAAUAAGGAAGAUUGCGCGGGAGUGCGCGUUGAAAGCAAUCGAAACGCAGAAACAAGAUUUUAUGAAUUGGUGUAUUAUUGGCGAUUGGAAAAACGCGUAUAGGACAUUAG